CAAAAUUAAAAGCUUUCAAGUUGUGUAACUAAGAGAGAGGAGAGAGAUGGGGAGGGCUCCGUGCUGUGACAAGGCUAAUGUGAAGAGGGGACCUUGGUGCCCUGAGGAGGAUGCUAAACUCAAGGCUUACAUUGAAGAGCAUGGUACUGGUGGUAACUGGAUUGCACUUCCCCAUAAGAUUGGGUUGAAAAGAUGCGGGAAGAGUUGCAGACUAAGAUGGUUGAAUUAUCUGCAGCCAAACAUCAAGCACGGUGACUUCUCCGAGGAAGAAGACUUCAUCAUUUGUAAUCUUUAUAUUAGUAUUGGGAGCAGGUGGUCAAUAAUAGCAGCUCAAUUACCAGGAAGAACAGAUAAUGGCAUCAAGAACUAUUGGAACACCAAGUUAAAGAAGAGAUUUCUCGGGAAGAAUAAAAAGCAUCAUGCAAUAUUGCAAGAACAAAAAAGUCAGAGAGCUACUGGAAUAAUAUCUGACGAUAGCAUAAACUCAGAAUGCAUACCCACGUCGGUCAUAGAAAGGAUGCAACUCCAUAUGAAGCUUCAAAGCCUCUACAAUCCCUUAUCUUCGUGCCACAAUCCUGCAUUUUGGCCCAAGAUGCAAACCAACGACCAUAUCAGCACUUGGAAGGAUGCCUGUGCCAUUGAGGCAAACUAUCAAACAGAAUGCAGUCAAGUCAACCUUCACCAUAUGCACGACAUGAACUGCUCAAAGCUACAGUUUGACUCACCUCCAGACAUGAACCCAUCAGCUGCACGACACAUCAACAAUGAAAUAUUUGAGGAUAAAAAUGGGUUCUUUGAGCAGGAUGAACACGAGAUGAACGGGUUGUGUGAUUACAGAUCACAAAUCAAUUGGGAGAAGGAGAGCUGGGAUUCAUGGGCUACUUCUAGUGGCGAAUUCCAGGAGGAGGCAUCGAGCUCUUGGGACUUGUCGGCAGUCUUCCAGACAGAUUCUAUUCUUCAAAAUGACAACAGAGAUUUGUAAUGGACGAGACAAUUUGGUUGCAUCCGUCUUGAUGAUGUUUGGAUUCCAUAAUGCAUGUUGUAAUAGUUGAUGUAGAUUUUGUUGACGAUAG